AUGCUAAAAGGAGGUAGCAGUACAUCUUUCCUGCUUCCGCAGCAGUUUGUUGAACCGCUUCCUCACGCACCUGUAGAGAUUAGUGCACUACACUACGGCCUUCUUUCUCGUAACGAUGUGCAUCGUCUUUCCGUACUUCCAUGUCGCCGUGUUGUUGGUGAUGUUAAAGAGUACGGAGUCAAUGACGCCCGUCUUGGCGUAUGCGACCGUCUUUCCAUCUGCGAAACUUGCGGACUCAACAGCAUCGAGUGUGUUGGACAUCCGGGUCACAUUGACCUCGAGGCACCAGUUUUUCAUCUUGGUUUCUUCACCACAGUGUUGCGAAUUUGCCGUACUAUAUGCAAACGCUGCUCGCAUGUGUUACUAGAUGAUACUGAAAUCGAUUAUUAUAAGAGGCGUUUGUCGUCUUCAUCCCUCGAACCGCUGCAGCGCACGAUGCUCAUUAAAACGAUACAAACGGAUGCAUAUAAGACACGUGUGUGCCUUAAGUGUGGCGGUCUGAACGGCGUAGUACGGCGUGUGCGACCAAUGAGGCUUGUUCACGAAAAAUAUCACGUGGAGCCUCGCCGUGGUGAGGGGCCUAGGGAGAACCCUGGUGGUUUCUUUGACGCUGAGCUGCGAACUGCAUGUGCUUACAACAAGGUCGUCGGCGAGUGUAGAGAGUUCGUUCACGACUUCCUUGACCCCGUACGUGUCCGGCAGCUAUUUCUUGCGGUUCCACCUGGGGAAGUCAUACUGUUAGGCCUAGCACCUGGAGUUAGUCCUACGGAUCUACUCAUGACAACACUUCUUGUGCCUCCCGUGCCCGUGCGGCCACGAGGGUGUGCGGGGACAACGACCGUUCGCGAUGAUGAUCUCACAGCUCAGUACAACGACAUCCUGGUCAGCACAGAUACCAUGCAGGACGGAUCUCUUGAUGCCACUAGGUAUACGGAGACGUGGGAGAUGUUGCAGAUGAGGGCAGCGAGGCUACUUGAUUCGAGUCUUCCAGGGUUUCCACCAAAUGUCCGUACCAGUGAUUUGAAAUCAUAUGCUCAAAGACUAAAGAGCAAACAUGGCAGGUUCCGCUGUAACCUCAGUGGGAAACGUGUAGACUACUCGGGUCGCUCCGUCAUUUCACCCGACCCAAAUCUUGAUGUGGAUGAGCUCGCAGUGCCCCUUCAUGUUGCCCGUGUGCUGACCUACCCUCAAAGAGUUUUCAAGGCCAACCAUGAGCUAAUGCGUCGACUUGUGCGCAACGGCCCGCACGUUCACCCUGGCGCCACUACCGUUUACCUGGCGCAGGAAGGCUCAAAGAAGUCCCUCAAGAACGAGCGGGAUCGACACCGCCUGGCAGCACGCCUUGCAGUUGGAGACAUUGUUGAGCGACAUGUGAUGAAUGGUGACUUGGUUUUAUUUAAUCGCCAGCCUUCGCUUCAUCGUGUUUCAAUGAUGGCCCAUCGUGCUCGAGUGCUGCCUUUCCGCACGUUUCGUUUCAAUGAGUGUUGUUGCGCACCUUAUAAUGCUGAUUUCGAUGGUGACGAAAUGAAUGUGCAUUUUGUUCAAACCGAAAAGGCUCGGGCAGAAGCUCUUCAACUUAUGUCCACCGCGAGGAACAUCAUUUCAGCGAAAAAUGGUGAGCCAAUUAUUGCGUGUACACAAGAUUUUUUGGCCGCUGCAUACCUUGUAACAUCUCGCGAUGUUUUUUUUGACCGUGGCGAGUUCUCGCAGAUGGUGUCGCAUUGGCUCGGCCCAGUAACGCAAUUUAGACUGCCCAUUCCCGCUAUAUUGAAACCCGUAGAGCUAUGGACGGGAAAACAGUUGUUUGAACUCAUUGUACGUCCCUCACCUGAGGUGGAUGUACUGUUGAGUUUUGAGGCUCCAACAAAGUUCUACACGAGGAAGGGUAAGCACGACUGUGCAGAGGAGGGCUAUGUGGCAUUCCUUGAUUCCUGUUUUAUAUCAGGCCGCCUCGACAAGAAGUUAUUAGGUGGAGGAGCAAAGGAUGGACUUUUCGCACGGCUACACACCAUUGCUGGGGGUGGGUACACAGCGCGUGUUAUGUCUCGCAUUGCACAGUUCACUUCACGGUACCUAACAAAUUAUGGGUUUAGCCUGGGCCUCGGCGAUGUUGCGCCAACCCCAGAGUUGAACAAACAGAAAGCAGCAGUUCUAGCGCGCUCUGUAGAGGUAUGUGAUGGUUUAAUCAAAUCAGCGAAGACGGGGCGGAUGAUACCCCUUCCGGGUCUUACUGUCAAGCAAUCACUGGAGGCGCGUCUCAAUACGGAGUUGUCGAAGGUGCGUGACGAGUGCGGUACCGCAGCCGUACAAACACUUUCCAUCCACAACAAUACGCCGCUGAUCAUGGUGCAAUCGGGUAGUAAAGGUAGUGCCCUGAACAUUGCUCAAAUGAUGGCCUGCGUGGGCCAGCAGACUGUAAGUGGGAAGCGUAUUUUGGACGCCUUUCAGGACCGCUCGCUCCCACAUUUCCACCGUUUUGAAGAGGCACCUGCAGCCCGUGGGUUUGUGGCUAACUCGUUUUACUCUGGCCUCUCCCCGACAGAGUUUUUCUUUCACACAAUGGCAGGACGUGAGGGUCUCGUCGAUACGGCAGUCAAGACGGCAGAAACGGGGUAUAUAUAUCGGCGCCUGAUGAAGGCAAUGGAAAACUUGAGCGUACGGUACGACGGCACGGUGCGUAACACGAAAGGAGACGUAAUACAGCUAAGGUUUGGUGAAGAUGGCCUUGACCCUCAGCUCAUGGAGGGUAAUAGCGGCACACCUCUGAACUUGGAGCAGGAAUGGCUUAGUGUUCGAGCGGCGUAUGCACGUUGGGUCGUGGGACUGCUUGCUGGAAGUAAGACGGCAAGUGACGGAAAUGCAAUACGAGAUAAUGAAAAUUACUUUAACGAGUUUAUUUCGAUGCUUCCAACAGAGGGACCUUCGUUUGUAGAAAUGUGCUUGAAUGGGGAUCAAGAGGCGCUAAAAGUUUGUGAGGAACAGGAGUCUCGAGAAGAUGCUUUGCAUAACAGCAACGGGAAAACUAAUGAUAGGGAGAGCAGGCCACGUACAGGAAGACUGCGUCGGGCAGUGUUAAUUUCCCAUCUGGUUAAAGUUUGCAGUAGAAAGUUCAAAGAUGAUAUCCAAGACUUCUUCGUGAAAAAGGUGAGGGAACAGCAACGGAUCCGCAACCUGCUCAACCUUCCCAACACGAGUCGUGAGCGAACGGAGGGGGGAGGUGACAAUAGUGGGCCUAUUGCAAAUAAGAGAACCAAAAAGAGAGCACCGUCACUGAAGGUCAAAGACAGCAAAGAAGGGGGAAGGGUUUCCGAGUUGCGGGACCUUGAGAUGCUUCAGACCGAACUACUUCCGCUGACACGCGGAAUGGUAACACGAUUCAUUGCUCAAUGCGCAAGCAAGUAUCUGCGUAAGGCAUGUGAGCCUGGUACCCCGUGCGGCGCCAUUGCUGCCCAAUCUGUUGGUGAGCCAAGUACUCAGAUGACUUUGCGUACCUUUCACUUUGCUGGUGUGGCGAGCAUGAGCAUUACGCAGGGUGUUCCUCGACUAGUGGAGGUCAUCAACGCCAAUCGCAAUAUUGCUACACCCGUUGUCACAGCUCCAGUACUACUUAUGGAAGGGGAGGAAAACCAUUGCGAAAUAUUCAGGAAGCGGGCACGGUUCGUGAAGGCCCAGAUUGAGCGCGUGCUGUUACGUGAGGUUGUGUCCGAAAUUGUGGAGGUGUGCAGUGACACUGAAUUUUACCUCCGUGUGCACCUUAAUAUGUCCGUUAUUACAAAACUGCAUCUACCCAUCAACGCCAUCACCGUUCGUCAGCGCAUUCUUGCGGCCGCUGGGCAUACCAUGUCUCCCCUUCGGAUGCUAAACGAGGAUUGUAUAGAGGUAUUCAGCCUCGACACACUCGCUGUAUAUCCCCACUUUCAGGAUGCCCGUUGGGUUCACUUUAGUCUCCGACGCAUCCUCGGGUUACUCCCCGACGUUGUAGUUGGGGGCAUCGGAGGCAUUAACCGUGCGAUGAUAUCCUCAAACGGCACUGAAGUGUUGGCAGAAGGCGCGGAGCUGCGUGCCGUAAUGAAUCUUUGGGGUGUCGACUCUACUCGGGUGGUCUGUAAUCACGUGGCCGUGGUGGAGCGUGUGCUGGGUAUUGAAGCUGCGCGCCGUGUGAUCGUGGACGAGAUACAAAACAUACUCAAGGCAUACAGUCUAAGCAUUGACGUUCGGCACGUGUACCUCCUUGCGGAUCUCAUGACUCAACGAGGUGUGGUGCUUGGAAUUACGCGAUACGGCAUUCAAAAAAUGAACUUCAACGUUCUUACCAUGGCUUCAUUUGAGCGCACCACGGACCAUUUGUACAAUGCCGCAGCCACUCAACGAGUUGACCGGGAUCUCAGUGUGUCAGACAGUAUUAUCGUAGGGAAACCUGUCCCAUUAGGGACAACAUCCUUCGAUCUCUUGUUAGACGGUUCCAUAAGCAACGAUGUUCUCCCUCCUCAGCGUUGCGUGAAACGCGGGAUGGGCCCCAACUUCCACACCGCAAAACGACAUCAUCUGGUACCUCUUGCCGCUGAGGGUGUUUUUCGUUUGGAUCUUUUUUAA